AUGAUCGAAAACACGCUCCCCAAGUACCUGCUCAUCAGGACGUGCAUCCUCGGAUUCCGCGCUAUCACGCCCUUCAGCAUCUUCUGGGUCUCCUUCAGCAUCGCAGAGCCCCCGCACUCGGCCUUCCGUCGCUUCCUCCUCACGUGGAGCAUCAUCGAGACUGCCUUCUGGCUGCUUGUCUACCUGCCCCGCAAGCGCGCGCUUCAAGCCUCUGCGCAACACCCGCCGCCCCUCGAGAAGGAGGAGAGGAAGGAGCUUUUCUGGCGAUGCUGGGAUAAGAUCCCUCACCCCGAGUACUACAUCAGCAGGUGGUUUCUGGGCGCGAGACCGGGCGAGAUACGACGCGAGAAUGUGCGCGAGUUCUUCGCGUGGGCGCUGCUGAACCGCGGCACGGAGAGCGACGAGGAGCGGAGGAAGAGGCGGCAGGCGCACCCGGAAGAAACCAACGCUGAAGAUGACGAACUGAACGAGUACGCGGAUGGCAUAGAGACGAUGCUUGGGAGGAAGCUGGCGCCUGGUAUGGGCAGCGCAAAGAGCUUGCGCCUGACUAUCGACCAAGUCAACAUGGCCCAUCGGCCGUUUCUGUGGUAUAUGAUCGUGAUGCUAGUCGAUACCCUUACCGCCGCUCGUCUGCGCUACUACGGCUUCAUGCUCUUCCGCACCCACCUUCGCUCCUCGCUGGCCAUCUUCCCACCGCGGCUCGCCAAUUUCACUACGCGCAACAUCUCAUCUGCGCCUGAUCUGAGUUACUGGUACCGACCACACACCUCGAAGACGCGACUACCCAUUCUCUUCAUACACGGCAUCGGCAUCGGCCUGCACCCAUACGUCGAGUUCUUGAACGAGAUAAACAAGCACGAUCCGCUUGCGGUACAAGAUGGUCAGGUUGGUAUUCUUGCUGUGGAAAUCAUGCCUGUCAGCUUCCGCAUCACUGGGGCGAUUCCAGACAAAGACGACAUUUGUCGCCAGAUCAACAUGAUCCUGGAACGCCAUGCUUUCGACAAAGUCGUACUCGCAAGUCACUCUUACGGCUCCGUCAUCUCUACUCACCUUCUUCGGGACCCCAUCACCGCUGCCAAAAUCGGCCCGAUGGUCUUCAUCGACCCUGUUACAUUCCUGUUACAUCUUCCCGACGUGGCGUACAAUUUUACCGCGCGUCGACCGAAAGGCGCAAACGAGCACCAACUCUAUUACUUCGCUUCUACCGACAUGAUGGUUGCGCAGACCCUGGCGCGCCAAUUCUUCUGGGCACAGAACAUACUGUGGAAGGAGGACCUCAAAGACCGGGACGUGACUGUCAGCCUCGGAGGCAGGGAUUUGAUAGUUGACACCGAGACCAUCGGGAAGUACCUUAAUGGUGCUGACCUCAAGGGCGAGGACAGGACCUGGAAGGACUCCGAGUGGAGAGGUCACGGUACAGAGACGAUUUGGUGGCCUACUGCAGACCACGCACAGGUGUUUGAGAGGCAAGACGGUAGGACGAGAUUGGUGCAUGUCCUCAGAGAGUACGUGAAGCGUAAAGCGGAGGAGGAAGAGUCCGCAGCCUACCUUCAAGAUACUGUUACAUAUUACCUCGAACAAAUUGUUUCUAUCAUGCCUAACGGAAACUGGAUCCUGGGCGACCUCUUCACCAAGGAAUACGGACAUCGCGGCAGCAUUCAGAAACUCUGGGAACAACGAUGGAAAUUUCCCUGCACCAAAGGCGUUUACCCUUUCCACGAUGGCAAGUUUGAAGAUUUCGAACCAAUCUUCAAGCAUCUCAUCGACAACAACAUCAACGAUCCUUACGACGAUGCAUACACAAAUGCAUUUUUGCCAACCGCACAACGCCUGGCGAAGGAAGCCAAAGACAUGGAAAACAAGGACAAAGAGGCAGCGAAGAAGCUAUACCUCAACGCAAACGCCGUAUACAGAUUAGCACGAUUCCCCUACAUCGGCACCGAGCUCAAGAAGAAGGUUUUCGAAGAGCAAAAGGAAGUCUACUUCCGCGGCGCACAACUAUGGGACAUUCCCCUCGAAGAAGUCGUGAUACCCCACAAACAAGCCUCCAACGGCGACGGCACCUCAAUACCCCUCUACAUCCGCAAGCCCACCGGCUCCGGCCCCUUCCCCACCGUCCUCCUCAUCACCGGCCUAGACGGCCACCGCCCCGACAACACAGAACGCACACAAGAGCACUUGAACCGCGGUUGGGCAACCGUAAUCUGCGACAUACCCGGCACAACCGUUGACUGCCCUGCUAACAAGCGCGACCCGCUCUCGCCGGACCGGCUCUUCACCAGCAUCCUAGACUGGAUCCGCGAAACGCCUUAUCUGAACGAAAAGAAGGUCAUCGCCUGGGGUCUCUCAGCCGGCGGCUACUACGCCAUCCGCCUCGCGCACACACACCGCACCCAACUCCUCGGCAGCGUCGGCCACGGCGCCGGAACCCACCACUACAUCGGUUCGGAAUGGCUCUCGCAGAUUUCCAAACACGAAUACCCGUUCGGUCUCGAGGAAGCGUAUAUCCAGAAAUACGGCUAUUCGUCCUUUGACGAGAUGAAAGAGAAGUGCCAAGACGAGUUUUCGCUCGUGAGUGGGAAGGGAGAGGGUGUGGCUGUUGUAGGGCAGGGUAUGAGCAGCUGUAGGUUGUUGCUUGUGAAUGGCGUGUUGGAUGGGUGUAUGCCCGUGGAGGAUAGUAUGUUGCUGGCGGAGUAUGGGAGUCCGAAGGAGAUGCGGUUUAUGCAGGGGAGGUUGCAUAUGGGAUAUCCGGAGGCGAAUGGCACGGUUUAUCCGUGGAUGGAGGGGAUUAUGGGCGGUGUUUAG